AUGAAGUACUUCUCCUCAAUAGCAGUGGGAUUGUUGAGAUUAAGCAAUUUAAAUCUUGAAAGUCUGGCAACAGCCUUGUCCAUUGAAAAUGUACAAAUAGCUCAAGAAAUUCAGAGUGCAAUGAAACAAGAAGUUGUGGACUGUUUGCUAAAAACUAAGUUAACAGGUGCAACUGUAAUUGAUGAUUUAAACGGCGAUGCCCUUCUUGUGAUUGGUAGUAUUAACGGAAUUUUCCUUUGGGAUUUUACGAAAAACGUAAUUGUUGCUGGUGCACCUUUGAGCUGUAUCUUACGGCAAAUUGAAGCCACUAGUUGCAACAAGUGCAUAAUCGCACUGGACGAGGAGGGUCGAUUGAUUUGUUACGACGUGGAUUUCCUUUUGCCUAAUUACUACGUUGAAUCGAACGAGCAAUUUGUGUUUAUUGAGCUUGAUAAAACGACCAAGCGCAUUUUGACCACAGACUUGUCCGAUAUGGAGAAUCGAUCGGUCAUAAUGAGAUCAUUCAAAGGAUCUGAGAUAGAAUAUAGAGUUCUUGUAAGCGAUUUAUGCUAUUUGAUGUCGUCUUCAAGUAAGCAAAAUGACAUCAUAUUUAUUGAGGGGGCGCGUGACAGGGACGGAAAAGUAACUACUUUGCGAAUUAGGAAAAUGGCAGAAGGACGACCAAUUGAUAGGUUAAGGCGAUUAAUCGCGCGAGGGAGAUUUGACGAAGGGCUUCACUUCGCGCGAAAUUUUGACUUGGAUGUCCAACUAGUAUACACCGCCAAAGCCACCUGUCUCUCACAGGAAUUAUCUGUUUGGACUGCAUUACUGUGCCUCGGUUCGUGGUAG